AGCCUGAGAGAGGAGAGAGAGAGAGGCACACACUUCCCCCGACGCAGGGCUGAGCGCACAGCCGCGAUGAAGCCAGCAGCUCAGUGGUACUGGCUGAGUUCAGCCGUUCUGGCUGCCUCUGGCUUUUUAGUUGUGGCACAUAACGCCACCGCGACCCCGACCGCCGCCGAGGAGGAGAUCCAGGACCAGAGAGCCGCAGCCGAGGACGCCUGUGCUGUGAGAUUGGAGAGCGCGGAGAAGUGCGAGGGAGACAAGUGCCUGUACCAGGUGAACCUGCCGCCGCUGACCCUUCAGCUCCCGAAGCAGUUCAGCAGGAUCCAGGAGGUGUUCAAGGAAUUGCAGGACCUCAAGGAAAUCGUCCGCAGCCUGAAGAAAUCGUGUCAAGAUUGCAAACUGCAGGCUGAUGACAGCCGAGCCCAGGGUGGGAGUGGGCUGCUGCUUCCCGCCAGCACCGGAGCCCCCGAGGAGCACGCUACCCACAGCAACAGGGUGGAGGAACUGGAAGGCCAGGUGAACGAGCUAUCCUCGGAACUGAAGAACGCCAAAGAGGAGAUCAGCCUGCUUCAGGGUCGCUUGGAGAAGCUGAAUCUGGUAAAUAUGAACAACAUCGAGAACUACAUCGAUAACAAAGUGGCCAAUCUGACGGUCGUAGUCAACAGCUUGGACGGCAAAUGCUCCAAGUGUCCCAACCAGGAACAGAUACAGGCUCCUCUGGUUCAACAUCUGAUCUACAAAGACUGUUCUGACUACUACGCCAGAGGCCAGAGAAGCAGCGAGAUCUACAGAGUCACACCCGAUCCCAGGAACAGUAGUUUCGAAGUCUUCUGCGACAUGGAGACCAUGGGGGGAGGCUGGACGGUGCUGCAGGCGCGGCUGGACGGAAGCACCAACUUCACCAGGAACUGGCGAGACUACAAGGCAGGCUUCGGCAACCUCCAACGAGAAUUUUGGCUGGGCAAUGAUAAAAUUCACCUGCUGACCAAGAGUAAGGAAAUGGUUCUGAGGAUUGAUCUGGAAGACUUUCACGGUGUCAAACUGUACGCCACGUAUGAUCAGUUUUACGUCGCCAACGAGUUCCUCAAAUACCGUCUGCAUGUCGGUAACUACAAUGGCACAGCCGGGGACGCCUUACAUUACAGCAAACACUAUAACCAUGAUAUGAAGUUUUUCACCACCCCAGAUAGGGACAAUGACCGAUAUCCCUCCGGCAACUGCGGGCUCUACUACAGUUCUGGCUGGUGGUUUGACGCAUGCCUUUCUGCCAACUUAAAUGGCAAAUACUAUCACCAAAAGUACAAAGGUAUCCGUAAUGGGAUUUUCUGGGGCACCUGGCCUGGCAUAACUGAUGUGCAGACUGGUGGCUUCAAGUCCUCCUUCAAACAGGCCAAAAUGAUGAUUCGACCCAAACACUUUACGCCUUAAGUCUCUAGUGUUCAUUCCUCCAGGCCUACUUCUUGUAACAACUGGGCAAUUAGUUUCCUCAACAUUUGGGGGGAAAAAAGCCUCCUUUCCAAAAUGUUGUUUGUCCAUGGCUAAAGUCUCCUCCAAGGGGCAAGUUUUUAGACAUUACAUGGCAUUGGUAACAAAACAGAAAAUACGCAGUAAUGGGUUCUUUGUUGCUGUUAAGCUUAUUCAA